AUGGCCGAUACUAUUCACGAUUAUAACGCGCUUGCCUCGACGGCACCUCGGCCGGUUCGCAAGAAGUUUGCCAAACCGCCAGUUAAGGUAGCUUGUCUACCCUGCCGGGCUUCGAGAACACGAUGUGGCGGCCAGAUGCCAUGCGCGAACUGUGUCAACAAAGACAAAGAAUGUUCUUAUUUGCCCAGCAAACGAGGCGGGCCACGCAAAAAGAAGGAAAAGCCCUCACCGUCCCCAGAAGAGGAAUCGACGCAAGAUGAAGCUGCUCCAUACACUGCUGUGCCCUCACCUCCAGAGUUCGAUGAAGGUGGGUUGUUCGCGAUCACGCUAAGAAAGCGACGUACUUACCGAGGCUUAGUACCGGGGAUGUUCAACCAAAUCGAUGAGCUUUCCUUGCCUGGCGCUGGUUUGAGACACCUAGACUUCCAAUCCGACGUUCCAUCUAUGUUCCAAGGCUUCUUCACCGGCGAUGGGGGCCAGUCACAUAUGCAAGUGCCCCCAGUACCGCCGUCAUUGAAUAGCGCCCAGUGUUUUGUAAGGACAUAUGGAAGUGAGCCCGAAAUUUUGAACGCCUACUAUGACUUUAUUCACAACUAUUUCCCCAUUCUUCCGCCUCGGGCAUCUCCACCAUGUCGGGAUAUGCCAUUGAACUGCACCGUCCCAUGUUCAAAUACAUCGGAACCUAUGAUGAUGUACCGGCCUCGUUCACCUUUAAGUCUUGCAAUAUCCGCAAUUCUAGCUUUGAUCCCGCAUCCAAAUGACUUGGACCCGUCAUCUCCAACGUCUAUACUUCAGCGCAGAGCAUAUGCUCAGACUUUCGCCAAACUCGCCCAUUCAACCGUCGAAGCGGAAUGUGAUCUUGAUUUGUCGUCAACGGACCCCGGUCAAGCAUUGGCCUCUGCACGACCUUUCGUUGGACGGGAACGAUUCCACUCCCAUGCUCCGGUAGAUAAUGAAAGCCUCUUGGCUCUUCUGGUACUUUCAGUUUAUGAGUAUUCGCAGCGUGGCAAUUUGCUCAAGAUGCGAUAUCGUGCCGGUCAGGCUCUUGCAAUUGCUUUGGAUAAGUCACUUCAUGCCCAAGUAGGGAAUGAUGAAUUUUCGGAGGCUCGGCGGAGAGCUUGGUGGAUGACGUAUUACUGUGUGAUUCAAGGAUCUAUCGUUAGUACGACGAUGCCUGCUAUCGUCAUUAAUGACCCUCAGUUCACGACUCCCUAUCCAUCGUUUUCAUCAGAUACCGAGGGUUGGUCUAUAUUGAUCCAAGCCCAACAGGUACUUGUAUCUGCGACCCAGUUUAUUGGCGACCUGGGCAAGUGCCUUUCCUCUCAAUCGGGGAUGUACUAUAUGUUUGAACGAAUGCAACAGCUCGACGCAUGGAUCAACUCUGUGAUUGCACAAGCCGAUCUCCUCCCACUCGUGCCCCAGACAUCAGAUUUCGGCGAUCACAACGAAUCCAUCACAGCUCAAACGAUACGCGCAAUAUCCCGAAUCAAACUAUCCAGUGCACAAAUCAAAACGCACCGCUUCCGAGCAUUCUCUGAUAUCCCAAUCUUCAUCAAAAAACACUGCGACCUAACAGCAGCAACCCAAAACAGCGUCUCCACAACCAGCAACCCAAAGCCUCCAGGCAUGCAAAGCAUCACCUGCUCCUGUUCCAGCUCAAACCUAACCUCCUUCGAACGAGCCGCCUCAUCCGAAUACCUGACUCCACCCGAUUCCACCACUUCCCCAGAUAUCCACCCAGAUAUCCACACAUACGGCCCGCAAUACUCGCAGUAUCCAUUCGCAUCUGGGUUCCCAUAUACCACGCAGCAAUCCGCCAAAGUCUGUCUCCGGGCCGCACUCGUUAUCUCCCGCUUGUUCAAUGGCCUGCCUGUUCCACAGCCUCUGACACAUCCCCAACGACAGCCUCGCGCCUUACCUCGCACGAUGCCUUCGUUCGCAUGCUGCCUCAUGCAAAGUAGCUAUGCCAUGUUCAUGAUAUACUACAAGGCGCGCGUGGCGAAGCAGCUUUCGCCUGAGUCAAUGGAAGAUGAGCGUGGCGGAAGUUCAACGGACCAGCUCAUUGAGGAAUUACGACAGGGCUUAGAGCGGAUCAUCGCCGCGGUAUCGAAUUAUUCGCUUGCAUUUGAGGCUCUGGAUGGGAUGAGAGAUGAAAUCGAAGGUGCAUAUAAAACGGCGUUCUCACUAGCGGUUUAG